UUUAAUGAAUUUUUUAGGUUGCUGCCCUGUUUUGAAGUUAGGGGAUACCUGCUGCCUGUCAGUUUGUAAGCGGCCGGGAGGUGCUUCAUUUUAACUCUCUGUUGACAAGUGAGAGCAUCUGUUUGCAUAGGAUCAAAAUGAAUGACCCUAUGAAGCAACUGCAACAGAGCUUAAUUGAGGUUGAGACUGAAGCUGAGAGACUUCUUUUGGCGAGACACCAGCUGGUUGAAAAUGAUAGAGCUAGAAAUGGGAAUAGAGAAGCACUGACAGCACUUCGUAAGAGAGCUCGAACGACAAAAACCAGUGUGCCAACCCCUUUUGAGUCAAUAAUGAAGGAGAUCAAAGGACCUGAAUCAAGGCCAUUGGUGAAGGAGGUUUGCACCACUUGCGGAAAUCAUGAUUCAAAAGAGCAUACUUGGAUGAUGUUCCCAGGGACACAUGUUUUUGCACGGAUUCCAUUUCACGCUGCUCAUACCAUAUUGGAGAAAGAUCAAGAACGACUUGACUAUGAUACAAAGAAACUACAAAGUUAUGUGAAGGAGAAGUCACUUUGGAUUUCAGAACAGGGUGUUCUUGCUGACAGUAUUGGUCCAGGUGUACUUAGAUCACUGGUUACAUUAACUGACAAAUCAAAGUAAGCUUUG